CGCGCCAUUUUUUCCCGCUAUCAGCCGGCUGUCACUUUGCGUUGAGGUCAGCAACUUGUGUGUUGUGCUUUGUUUCUCAUUCAAAUUUCGUGUAAUUUAAUCAAAAACCAGACAAUGUUCGAAGCACGCUUGUUGAAGAGCUCCAUCUUGAAGAAGGUGCUGGAAGCCAUUAAGGAUCUCCUUACACAGGCCACAUUUGACUGCGACGACAAUGGAAUACAGUUGCAAGCAAUGGACAACUCUCACGUGUCCCUGGUCUCCCUCACCCUCAGAGCAGAUGGGUUUGACAAGUACAGGUGCGACAGGAAUAUCUCCAUGGGCAUGAACCUUGGGAGUAUGUCCAAGAUCCUUAAAUGUGCAGGAGACAAGGAUACAGUAACUAUAAAGGCGCAGGACAACGCUGACACAGUUACAUUCGUCUUUGAGAGCCCCAACCAGGAGAAAGUCUCUGACUAUGAAAUGAAACUCAUGAAUCUUGAUUUGGAGCAUUUAGGUAUCCCUGAGACCGAGUACAGCUGCACGAUUCGUUUGCCCAGCGGCGAGUUCGCGCGAAUCUGCCGCGACCUCUCGCAGUUUGGAGAGUCUAUGGUCAUAUCCUGCACUAAAGAAGGAGUAAAGUUCUCGGCGUCGGGCGACAUUGGCUCGGCGAACAUAAAGCUGGCUCAGACGGCGUCUAUAGACAAGGAAGAUGAGGCGGUUGUCAUCGAAAUGGACGAGCCAGUCACACUCACCUUCGCGUGCCAGUACCUCAACUACUUCACCAAGGCCACUUCCUUGAGCCCCCAGGUCCAACUGUCCAUGUCUGCUGACGUCCCAUUAGUAGUAGAGUACCGCAUUCCGGAUAUUGGCCACAUUCGCUACUACUUGGCGCCGAAGAUCGAAGAAGAAGAUAGUUGAACUACUUUAGUAUUAAUUUUUAUCGCGUAUUUCGUAACUAUUAUUCCACGGCCUGUUCUCAGUAUCAAGUUAUCUACGUAUCAAGUAAAUGCGUAUAUGCGUAUACACUUUAUAUAACAAAACCAUGUCAUAAGAGAAAAAAAUACUAUAAUGUAAAUAGUGUUCACUUC